GUCUUUGGCGCCGGUGAAGGACGACCUUUCUCUGUUUCCUGAUCCAUCUGCUCAGCCUCCCUCCUCGAGGACUGCAAAGCAACCUUCGAAACGAGCCACGCCUCGCCCUGCCGCGGCCAGUAGAGCGAGGGGAGGCAUAAGUACAUGUGGUUGACGUCCGCCUUGCCAUCCCUAUCACCCAUGCCAAUGCUCCUCUCCUUCUUCCUCACCUCUUUCCCUCUCAGCAACGUCGAUGCCUUCCGGCUCCCGCCAUCUAUCGCAAAUAACGCUCCUUUCAACGCGCGGAGGUCACCAUCAGCAGCAGCAGCAGCAGCGUCGGCACGGCCGCGGCCAUUAGUACGGCGCAUUGCUGCUGGCAGCAGCAGCCAUGGACGACCACGGCCGCAGCGGCAGCACUCUGUUCUUGGCUACCGCAAGACCGACAGGGAGAGGGGGAGUGACGUCAAUGUUUCUUCAUCGACCACCACUUCUGCUAUCAAUGACGACAGGGGGGCCACCGACAUCUGGCCCAUCAUCGAGAGCUUCGGGGGCGUGUCCAAGCCGGCUGGCGGCACGGACAGGGCCGCCAUCCCGCCAGCAAAAGCGUCAUCAGCGUCAUCAGAGUCACAAUCUCAGCCAUCAUCACAACCACAGUCACAGCCCCCGUCGCCGAUGAGGACCACCCCUCUCAAGAAACAAACCGACGUCAUGGAGCCGUCAGAAAGGGUUGGCUUGCCGCAGCCAGCCUUUGCAGACGAGCUCGAGCCACAGGAGAGAGAGCGGCGGAACCAGAUACGAGGCAAGCUCACGGGCGCCUUUCUCGUGGGCGGCAGCGUGGCUGCAGUCGUGUCGGCUCUCGCGUCGCUGGACAUGGCCACAUCCGUGACGAUGGAGGGUUUCUCCGCCCUGGCGUCCACUCUCGAGGCCACUGAGAUGAGCGAGGUCGGGGGGCUACUGCGUGAUGCGGGGGGAAGGGUGGUGACUCUCUGGGAGGUGGUCAGAGGGCCGCAGUUCGUCCAGGCGGUCACGAGCAUGCUGGACAGGGUGCUGUCGACGAUGGCUGGGGAGGGGACCAACGUGAGGCGGGUCUACGAGGAGGUGUCCAAGGCGUUGGACGCGAUCGUCGCUUCGCCGUUUCGCAAUUUCUUUGAGGCGGCGACGCUGCAGUACAUCCGGAAUAUACGGCCUGUUGACGAAGAUAGAUACUACCUGUGAGCUGAGCACCAGACAGACAGCGGAUGAUUGCUCUCUUUCUCUCUCUGUUGGUUGAUCUAUCUGUUAAUGCCUUCAGGUCGUCCGUGGCGCCCUUCACGGAGCGCCCCACGGUGCUUGAGCAGCACGCCGACAACGUCUACACCCUCACCCAGCCUCUCGUCGUGGCCGGCAACCCCAUCGAUCACCGCGCCACCGUCGUCCGCAUCAGCCCCCCAAGGGCGCAGGAGUUCCUGGUGGUCAUCAAUCCCCCCGCCCCCACAAAGGAGUGUCUCCGGCAGAUCGCCUCCCUCCCAGGCGUUGUCAAGUACAUCGUCGUGUCGAAUACCGGGUUUGAGCACACCGCCUUUGCGGCUGACUUCGCCAAAGAGUUUGAGGCGGAGGUCUUGGCGCCCGGGGAUCUGCACAGGAGCAAGGUGGAGGUGGAUCGGUGGCUGUCUGACGAGGUGCCGCCCGAGUGGGGCAGCGCCAUGGAGGUCGCUGUCCUCGAUGGGGAGUACUUCAAAGAACUAGGUAGGUGUGUCCGCAGAACAUGAUAGAUGCGAUGCACUUGUUGAUAUGCAUGCCUGUCUCCGCCCCCAUGCUCCUGGGUGUGUGCAGUUUUCUUUCACAAGCCAUCCCGGACCCUCAUUGCCACGGACCUGUGCGCCGAGAAGGGCCCCUCCAAGGUCACGACCGAAGAGCUCCCCACCCCGCCCCCCAAGAGCCCCUCCCUCUUUCCUCCGCGGCCGCGGAUCAACCCCUUCGGCGGCCUCUGCAGCAUGUGGUUUGGCUUCACAGAGGAGAGUAGCAUGGGCAUCCCGCUGAUGGUCUCCCGAGUGCUGGCCAGCCCCCGGGGUGCCAACAAGCGGUUGCUGCAGCGGUUGGCGAGUUGGAGUUUCGACAAGGUGUUGACGGGCCACCAUGCGUCACCGAUCAGCUAUGGCAAGGUGAAGCUCCUCGAGAGGCUGCUGGUGCUGGGCGAUAAGAAGGAGGAGAAAGACGCACAAGCGAAGGAGAAGGUCAAUAAGGAGACAAAAGAGAAAGACAAAGCCAAGGACGACGAGAGGCUGAAAGAGCCGCUGUUGCUGGACCUCAACCCCUAGCUGGCUGAGCUGAGAGAUGCAUCAAGACGCAAGCUUGUGUGGCUGGCUGGGGCGGGACGCUGGGUGGCUGUGGGUGUGGGUGUGGGUGCUCGGGUCGAGAGGGGGGGG